UCCGUAAACGACUCUUAGUGUCUCCAACAGACAGCAGUCAGCGCUCAACAGGCCGCCCGUCCCCUUCGCAUAUUCCCGACUCAUAUUCCCACCCCAUCCUCCACCCCCAUUCCCAUCCCCAUCCCAGCUCCGGCAAGUUCUUACUAUCCAUCGUAUCCUCUCUCUUUCUCCAUCUUUUCCCUAUCGCAUCCACCCGAGACAUCUUAGCCCAUCUGAAGGCUCGACGUCCAUCCGGACUGCCAUCCGAGUCACGCUGCGAAAGAUCAUGUCGCCAACUCCUCCGAUCUCUAGAGAUCAAUUGUGGCUACCCCGUCACUAAUCCCUCCAACGGAUGGAUCUUUGCUGCAUCAAAAACCAGAAUCAACCGCAGGUGCGACCAAAAUGCGGUGGUUCUACCGAUUAGCGUUCCGCGUCCCCUCAUCACUGCUCAUCGCAGUCGUCCUCCAGUCCCUCCUCCCGCUGUCGCUCGCUUCAUCGCUGGAAAGAAGAAACUCGACCGUUAUUCCCGCCCCGUACUCGUUCACUCCCGCCCAAAAUUGGGAUGGGAAUGAUGGGCCAUGGAACUCCUACUGGCUGCGCGUUGGAUCGCCCUCUCAAUAUGUUCGCGUCAUGAUCUCGACCGCCAGCCAACAAACCUGGGUGGUAGCACAGGAAGGGUGUUUAUGGGACAUUUUCCCGGAAUGCGGGGACUGGCGGGGACAGGUGUUCAAUUACAGUAAAUCAAGCACAUGGGACGAAAUCGGACAAUAUUCUCUGUGGAUCGAACAGAAUUUGGGGUACAAUGGAGGAGCCAUGUACGGGUAUGAUACGGUGGCGCUGGGGGUUGAUGGGGAGGGGGGACCGGCGAUGACGAACCAGACGGUGGGCGUGUUCGCAGGAGAGGACUUUUAUAUGGGACAUUUUGGACUACAUCCGAAGCCGACCAACUUUUCGGCGUAUGAUGAUCGAAGUGCGAGUUAUAUGAGCACGUUGAAAGAUCAGGGCGUCAUUCCAAGCUUGUCCUAUGGCUACACAGGUGGAGCACAAUACCGGUUCCGCAGUGUCCUCUCAAGCCUCACCCUCGGUGGCUACGACACCUCCCGCUUCAUCGCCAACCCCCUCUCCAUCCCCUUCGCCCCUGACAACGAGCGCGAACUCGUCGUCGCGAUUCAGGCCAUCUCCAUGACUGAUAGCACCAACCCCCGGCUCUCCCUCCUCCCGACCCCGAUCUACUCCCUCAUCGACAGCACCGUGUCGCAAAUCUGGCUGCCCCUCUCCGCCUGCCGCAUGUUUGAAUCGGCAUUCGGCCUCACCUACGACAAUGCCACCGACCUCUACCUCGUCCCGUCCGAACUCCGCGAUAAACUCCUCGCUCAAAACGCAAACAUCACCUUCACAGUUGCCGGAGGCAAAUCGGGCGGCCCCGCCGUCGAUAUUGUGUUCCCAUACGCCGCUUUUGACAAAACGGCCAAAUCACCAUACCGGGGCAUGACGAGCCAGAGUUACUACUUCCCGCUACGCCGCGCACAGAACGAAACACAGUACACGUUGGGCCGUACAUUCCUUCAAGAAUCAUAUCUCAUUGUUGAUCAUGAGCGCAUGAACUUCAGCGUCUCCGCAGUCAACUGGACCGACGGCAGUCCCGCUCACCUCGUCCCGAUCUUUCCCGACGGAUUCGAGCACCCCUCCCCAUCUAAAUCCUCUUCCCUCACCGGCGGCACCAUCGCCGGCAUCGCCAUCGGCAUCACCGCGUUAGUCGGCCUCCUAAUCUUCGCCUUCCUCUUCUACCGCCGCCGCCAGCGCGCAUCCAAGCACCCCCUCCCGCGCGCCCCCAGCGCCACCCCCACCAAACUCUCCACCACCUCCACCGACAACGACGACCCCCCCGCCACCACCGACCUCGUCAUCCCCAAAGCCGAACUCGACGCCACCUCCGCCUCCGCCACCCGGCGCGCCGAAAAAUCCCGCGCUGACUUCUACGCCCCGUCCGACCUGCAAUCCCCCCGUCCCCACGGCUCCGACCCGCACACCCCCAUCUCCGACGGCACCAUGUCCGGCGCCGGCACGCUCAUCGGCUCGGACGCCGGCAUGGUGCUCGUCGAAGCGGACGGUAAGGAGCGCGCCAUCUACGAGAUGCCCGGCGACCUGCCCACGCUCAACGAGGCCGACGGACGCGGGCUGUCGGAGAAAGAAGCGAUGAUGGCGCGCGAGCGAGUGUAUAACGGCGUGGAUCCGAACCCCGCGAGCGCGGAGGGCGACACCGCGACGCUGCGGAGCCCAACGAGUGGGGACGUGAGCCCGACGAGCCCGACGCAGCGGAGCGUGGGGAGCGGGCGGAGCGGGCGGAGUGGGAGGAGUGGGAGGAGUAGGCGGGGAGAGAGGCGGCUGAGGGCCGUAGAGCCGGGGGAGGUGAUGCCGGCGCGGCGAGGGACGGAGGGAAAUCAUGGGCAUGCGGGAGGGCAGUCGCCGCGGAGGAAGUUUAGUUGGGAGGAGCCGGUAGAUGGGGAGGUGGGGAGGGGGAGUGGAGGUGGGGAGACGCGGACGGGAGGGGAUGAGGGGGGUUGGAUAUGA